CGGGAGGGGCGGCGCGGGCGCAGGCGGCCACGCUCUCGCCGCCCCGGGGUGUGGUUCCCGCGGCCCAGCCGGGCGGGGCGCCGGGCUUAAAGCGCCGGCCGGCCGGACCCGCGCGACUCGCGCUCCCGCCGUCGCCAACGCGCCCCGCCAUGGAGCGGCCGCCGCUGCCCGCCCUGCUCCUCGGCGCCGCCGGGCUGCUGCUCCUGCUCCUGCCCCUCUCCUCUUCCUCCUCUUCGGACGCCUGCGGCCCCUGCGAGCCGGCCGCCUGCCCGCCCCUGCCCCCGCGGGGCUGCCAGCUGGGCGAGACCCGCGACGCGUGCGGCUGCUGCCCGGUGUGCGCCCGCGGCGAGGGCGAGCCGUGCGGGGGCGGCGGCGCCGGCAGGGGGCACUGCGCGCCGGGCAUGGAGUGCGUGAAGAGCCGCAAGAGGCGGAAGGGUAAAGCCGGGGCAGCAGCCGGCGGCCCGGGGGUGAGCGGCGUGUGCGUGUGCAAGAGCCGCUACCCGGUGUGCGGCAGCGACGGCGUCACCUACCCCAGCGGCUGCCAGCUGCGCGCCGCCAGCCUGCGGGCCGAGAGCCGCGGGGAGAAGGCCGUCACCCAGGUCAGCAAGGGCACCUGCGAGCAAGGUCCUUCCAUCGUGACGCCCCCCAAAGACAUCUGGAAUGUCACUGGCGCCCAGGUGUACUUGAGUUGCGAGGUCAUCGGAAUCCCAACCCCUGUCCUCAUCUGGAACAAGGUAAAAAGGGGUCAUUAUGGAGUUCAAAGAACAGAACUCUUGCCUGGCGACCGAGACAACCUAGCCAUUCAGACCCGGGGUGGCCCAGAAAAGCAUGAAGUAACUGGCUGGGUGCUGGUAUCUCCUCUUAGUAAGGAAGAUGCCGGAGAAUAUGAAUGCCAUGCAUCCAAUUCCCAAGGACAGGCUUCAGCAUCAGCAAAAAUUACAGUGGUUGAUGCCUUACAUGAAAUACCAGUGAAAAAAGGUGAAGGUGCUGAGCUGUAAACCUGCAGAAUAUAUUAGUCUACAUAGCUAAAAAUAGUCAUGGGUAACUACAACCCCUAUUCUUGCCUAAUAACCACCUUCUUUUCAUCCAGUCCACUAACACUUUAGUUAUAUUCACUGGUUUUACACCGUGAAAUACAAAAUAAAGAUAACACAUCAAGACUAUCUACAAAAAUUUAUUGUCUAUUUACAGAAGAAGAAAAGCAUGCAUAUCAUUAAACAAAACAAAUAAAAUGCUCUUUCUCAUA